UGGAGGUCCAACUAUGAAACUACCGAUGAGAGCCCGUACAACUACGCCAGGGGCCAACUGAUGAUCGAUGUGAGGCGCAUUUACAAAGAGAUCCUCCCCCUCUACAAAGAGCUGCAUGCCUAUGUGAGGUCUAAGCUGCAGGCCAAACACCCUGAACACAUCCACCCAGAGGGAGGCCUACCUGCACAUCUACUGGGUGACAUGUGGGGAAGGUUUUGGACAGGUCUUUACCCCAUCUCAACCCCUUUUCCAGAGAAAACCGAUAUUGAUGUGACGGACGCUAUGAUCGCACAGAAAUGGCCUAAGGACAGACUGUUCCAAGAAGCAGAGAAGUUUUUCAUGUCGGUGGGUCUAUACAAGAUGUUCGAUAACUUCUGGAAGGACUCUAUGCUGGAGAAACCUACUGAUGGCAGGAAGGUAGUGUGCCACCCUACAGCCUGGGACAUGGGGAACAGAGAGGACUUCAGGAUCAAGAUGUGUACAGAGGUGAACAUGGACCACUUCCUGACAGCGCACCAUGAGAUGGGACACAACCAGUACCAGAUGGCCUACAGGAACCUGUCCUACCUGCUGAGAGACGGGGCUAACGAGGGCUUCCACGAGGCCGUGGGGGAGAUCAUGUCCCUGUCCGCUGCCACCCCCAAACACCUGAAGGCCCUGGGACUCCUGCCAGACGACUUCGUUGAGGAUAAAGAGACUGAGAUCAACUUCCUGAUGAAGCAGGCCCUGACCAUGGUGGCCACCCUGCCUUUCACCUACAUGCUGGAGGAGUGGAGGUGGCAGGUGUUCCUGGGGACCAUCCCCAAGGACCAGUGGAUGCAGCGCUGGUGGGAGAUGAAGAGGGAUAUGGUCGGUGUAGUGGAGCCCUUACCCAGAGAUGAGACAUACUGUGACCCGCCUGCUCUGUUCCACGUGUCCGGAGACUACUCCUUCAUCAGAUACUUCACCAGGACUAUCUAUCAGUUCCAGUUCCAGAAGGCCCUCUGUGAGGCAGCUGGCCACUCUGGACCCUUAUUCAAGUGUGACAUCACCAACUCUACAGUAGCCGGGGACAAGCUCAGGACGAUGCUGGAGUUUGGGAGGUCAAAGUCGUGGACCAGAGCCCUGGAGAAGAUUUCAGGAAAUGCGAAGAUGGACUCCGCCCCUCUCCUAGACUACUUCAAGGACCUCCAUGUUUGGCUAAUAGAAGAAAACAGGAAGAACAACAGGAAGCCAGGAUGGAGAGCAGCUGAAGACCCAUUCUCAAAGAAUGCCUACAAAGUGAGGUUGAGUCUGAAAGCAGCAAUGGGUGACAAGGCAUACAUUUGGAACGCCAACGAGAUGUACCUGUUCAAAGCCAACAUGGCCUACGCCAUGAGACAGUAUUACCUUGAGGUCAACAAGACGGAAGCUCUUUUCACGACAGAGAACAUCCACACCUACAAGGAGACAGCCAGAAUCUCUUUCUACUUUGUUGUGACUGACCCUGCCAACCCUGCCGUGGUCAUUCCCAAAGCUGAGGUAGAGGCCGCUAUCAGGAUGUCCAGAGGUCGAAUCAAUGACGCAUUCAAACUGGACGAUAAAACUCUGGAGUUCGAGGGUCUCCUAGCAACGCUGGCCCCGCCCGUGGAGCAGCCGGUCACCGUCUGGCUGGUGGUGUUUGGGGUGGUCAUGGGACUGGUGGUCUGCAUGGGCUGUUACCUCAUUAUCUCUGGCUUCAGAGACAGGAAGAAGUGA